AGGAUCCAUGCAGCCGGAGGGAGGUGAAACAGAUUUAGAGACAGAAAGCAGCCUGUGUUCAAACUCAACAGUUUCUCAGCAGCAGGCGAACAGCGUCGCCUCCUCCUCCUCCUCUUCAUCCUCCUCCUCCUCCUCCUCAGUCAUCAUCCAUCCAUCCUCCUCUUUCUCUCCGCCUCCUCCACCGGUCCUCCUCUCCAUGCCGGCGGAGGUCUCCGCGGGGCUGCCAUGGCGAAGAUCCGGGUGUCGUACGAGUACUCCGAGGCCGAGGACAAGAGCAUCAGGCUGGGCUUGUUCCUGAUCGCCUGCGGGAUCCUCAGCCUCUUCAUCCUGGGCUUCUGCUGGCUCAGCCCGACCCUGCAGAGUCUGCAGAGCAAGCCGGCCAACUGCACGGUGGUGUCGGUGUUGCGUCCGGAGGAGAUGUUCGAGUGUGUGUUUACGUGCGGUGCGGACUGUAAGGGGACGUCUCUUUAUCCCUGCCUGCAGAUCUUCGUCAACAACUCAGAGUCGAACUCGGUGGCUCUGCUGCACUUUGAUGAGCAACAGCUGGUCCUCAACCCAAAGUGUUCAUACGUCCCUCCCUGUGAGCGGGACAACCAGAAGAACAAAGACAGCGUUCUGUGGUGGGAGGAUUACUUCACUAAAGAGGUCAGCAGCCAGUCCUUCACCUGCUUCUUCAACCAGCAGAGGAGGCCCGAUGACGUGUUGUGGCGCCGUUCCCACGACACCAGUGUCCUGCUGCACUGUGUCCUCUGGCCGAUGGUGUCACUCCUGCUGGGCACACUCAUUGUGCUCCUGACGGUGUGCGCGCGCUCCCUGGCUGUUCGAGCCGAAGCUCUCCAGAAGAGGAAAUGCUCUUACGAAGUGUGCCAAGACCUGUCAGCUGGUCCCUCAGACCGCCGCGGCAAUAAGGCCGAAGACCCCCUUGCGACGAACUCUGACCCCGAGUCGUCGUCACCAAGAAGGACCCUGCCGCUGUUUGCGGUGCCAGUGCGACGACGCGAUCGGGAACAUUAAAAGGGGAAGCAGACAGCUGUUUUCACGUCGUGAAAAUAAAUCAGGAUGCUAACAAGCCGGUGGGCGAAGUCGACUAACUGGCUGAGGACGCCACCAACAACCCACUGCUGUGUGGUGUGGUGUUUAUGAUCGGAAGUGUUAAAACCAGGAUAUGAGGAGAGGAUGAGAGGAAACGACUUUGUUGCCUGUAGAUCUGAGCAAAGACACCUUUCCUCUGGUUUUAACUGGAUCUCUCGGAUGCUGCUGAGUUGAGUCCUCUGGUUAUAAUCAGCAUUUCUUCUGUGAUAGAGUCGUUACGAAGGGUUCUUAUAACGACAACAGUGCCGUGAUAGAUGGUACGGUGAAUUAUGUGUCAGGAAAAAAGAGUCAAACUUCACUCGAGGACUCGUUACUGCUCUUUACUGCGGUCUUAACUGUAGCUCUUCUAUCGAUGUAGUUUUCCCUCUGAGUCCCAGUAGCCAUACGUGUUGAUAAAUAGAGCCAAAGUCCUGACGUCUCUUCAGGCUAGCCGCUGUUCCUCGACCUUCUGAGGCUCAGUGCAAUCUUUCUUUGAGGGUUUCUUCCAUUGGUAUUUCUGAAAACAUUAAUCUAUUUAUUACCUAUUUUAUUUAGUUGUGAGGGAUCAUGUACAAUAUUUAAGACUUUCCCUCCGCAGCAUUGAUCCCGUUAAGACAGCAACAGAGUCAUGUUGUACUUACUGUAGCGUUCUAUUGCUUCGAGUUUCUUUACUCUUGGAAUUUGGUACCAUUUUCAUUCACUCAUUUUUAGUCGAGGUGCUUCUACUUUGCUGUUUUUUUUAAUCACCUUUUAAGUUUUUGUUUGUUUUUUGUUUUGUAUGCCAAAAUUACAACUCACAAAUUCGCCUCAAAGGACUUUUGACCCAGUUUUGAGUUGAAGAAACACAAAAAUAAGUAAUGUUUUCUUGGGUUUACAUAUAUAUAUAUAUAUAUAUAUAUAUAUAUAUAUAUCUGAGGAUAAACAAGCGUCUUCUACAGCACUUCGAUACAAAUCAAAUCCUGCGUGAGUUUAACAUGUCAAAUUUAUUUCUUCGCAUCCACAAAUAACUAAACUUAACAAAAAAUUACAGUCUGAAAACAGAUUUCAUGUUUGUUUUUUUCAGUAAUUAGUCAUUGCUUUCAGAGAUUUCAGUCGUGAAUUUACAAGAAAAAAAAUCACACAAAUUAAAAAAUCUGAGAUUAUUAAAUCAUAGAUUUGAAAAACUCAAAAUUUCUCAGAAAUUAAAGUCACAAAUUUACAUUUUACAUUUUUUUGGAUGAACCUCGUCACACCACAGACGCUUAUUUUUUUUUUUCUGCCUCCACACCAGUAAUAGCCGCGGACAGAGGUAUUAUGUUGUCAGGUUGUCUGUCUGUCCAUCAGCUUGUCCCAUUGGUGUGAAUGCGAUUUGAGGGAAUUGCUUCCAAUUUGGCAAAGGUCAAGGUCACUGUGAUUGUCGCGGUAAUGUUGUAUAUUUUUAAUAUUUUAUGGGGGGGGGGGGGUUGCCUCUUUUCUUUACACUGUACUUCAGUUGAAUCAAACACUGUUAAAUCUGCUCACCCCAUUUUCACGACUCUGACAUUAAAUUCAGUAACAUUUAAUGUAAAUAUGACGCUGCAGACUAACAGGCUGGCAGAUAAAUAUAGUGGGUCAAACACUGUAAUAUUUUAAAUUAGAAUCUAGUGCAAGAAAGUAGAACAUAUCCCAAAAUGGAUCCUCAAACUGCUGGAGAACAUGCACUCUGGUAUUUCCUGCAUGUAAAUAAAGAAGAAAACAGUGAAUGUGAGGCAGUGAAAAGUAAAUGGGAGGAUAAAUUUUAAAUCAAUUUUCAUCGGAGGUCAAUUUAAAUAAUUGAACUUAAUGAUUUAUUAAUGUAUUGAAAUACAGUGGUGACUCAUCAGAGGCCCAUUAGUGGCUCCUGUUGCUUCUGGGACUCCUGGUUAAUGAUGUGAGAGCUCUUUGAACUGUGAAGCUGUUUGCAGACAGCAGGAACAAACCACAGGCCCUAAUGUCAGAGGUUAAACUGGGAGCUCCCAGGCGAAAUGUUGGAGGUUAUACUGGGAGCACAGUGGACACAACCACAGCAAAUGCUACGGGGAAAACUUCAGUUCAAGUCAAACUGGAACAAAGCCUAUGGAGGACAAAAAAUGACUCAAGUAUUAACAAAUACAUGAAUGAAUGAAUGAAUGAAUGAAUGAAUGUAUAAAUAAAUACAAGAAUAAAAAAUUAAAUAAAAAUUAAAAAAUAAACACACCAAUAAAUAAAUGUAUGAAUAAAUACAGGAAUAAAUUACUGCUGAAAUAAAUACAAAAAUAAAGAAAUAAAUUAAUGAAUACAUGUUGAAAUAAAUAUAUAAAUGCACGCAUAAAUAAAUCAAACAUGAUAAUUAAACAGGGCAUAAAUAAAUAUAUAUAUAGGAUAUUUAUUUAAUUUUUUUGCACAACCACAUUCAUUUAUUUAUAUAUAAUGUGGGAGGAGUUUAUUUGUGCAUUAUUUAUUUAUUUCCAUAAUUAUUUUAGCAUUUAUUUAUUCUUUAUAUAUUUGUUUUGGUAUUUAUUUAUUUUAUUAAUUAAUUAAUUUAUUUAUACAUUUAUUUAUCGUCUCAUUUUUUGUCCUCCAUGAAAGACAAGUCACAUUUCUAUUUAUUCUGGUGUAGAGGAGUCAAAAAUAUCACAGCGUUUUGGUAAAUAUUACUUCACUGCAAACAGUGGUAGAAAAAUAAUGAAUAAGAUUUGUUCAAGUACCGUACUUAAGUACAACUUUGAAGUACUUGUGCUUGAUUUAAUUUUUUUUUUUUUUCCAUGCUGCUCCAUUAUUAGACCCCACUGCGUUUCAGAGGAAAAUAUUGUUCUUUUAAUUCCACAACAUUUAUUAUAGACAUAAGACUUUUAUUAUACAAAACAUAUAAAAUGCUUUUAGUUCUGAUUCUCUUAACUGUCAGUUAAAAUUGGGCUGUUUUUAAGUAUUUUUGUUGAGUUGUUUUUAGAUAAGCAAUAAGGCCUCAUAAUUAUGUCUUCUUUUUAUUUUUACCUAUCGAACAGCAGCUGAAAGUAGAGGAACCAUUUUGUUUGGGGAGGAGCAGUUUCUCUUCAAGUGUAGCGCAGGUUCAAGCUGUCAGUUUAGAUACUCCGCCGCCAUCAGGUCACUAAAAUGUCUCUAAAUUUACAGUGUCUGCAGACGCUUGUUCUCCACAGAUGAAAGUCAGUGGUGAAACUAACAGGGGACGCCAUGUUUGGUUCAGCUGAAACUUUAUGUACAGGUUGUCGUGCAGCUGAAACGUUUCCUUCUCUGCUGUAAAUCUGAUUGGCUGUUUGGUCACAAAGCAGAAACGACACAAACACCUAUUUAAAUUGAGUGCAGCUGAUCAACAGCAGCAGGUGUUGCAGAUGUGGUGUUAAAUUUUGAUUAAAUCUUUUCACAGCUUCUGUGUGUAGGCAAAGACACUACAUUUGGAUUUAUCCAUUACGAGGCACAUGAAAUAUGUUUGUUAGUCAGUAUUGUUUACAACACAGUUGGUGCACAUGAUAUUUUAUUUUUUGGAGUCCGUAUAAACCCAUGUUAGUGUCAUCUUGAAUGACUGUGUCCGUUUGGGUUCACUUUGCCACCUUCCUGUCAGUUACUCAAGCCGAUACGGUCGUAACAGUAGCAUCGGAAACACAUCACGGUCGACAGUGAUGCACACCAGACUCUGAUCAUACUGCCUGCCAUGAACAGCAGUGCUGGGAACCAGUAUACCGGCAUGUCCAGUAUUUUGUUCAAUGAAACACAGAGAUUUCAGUGUCAUUUUCUGAAUUCCUGUACAAUAUUCUGUCUUCUUCUUAAACUCUGGGAAAAAGUGUAAUUAUUGUUGUAAAACUUUUAAAGGCUCAGAAUAAAUUAGUUUUCUGCCACGCAGCCGAGUUAACAAUAGAUCUGCCGUCGCCAAACAUGAUUCAUCUUGUAUCAGAGGGAGCUUUUGAUCUUUAAGUCUCCAAAUUUCCUACCACCACCACCAUCCCUACAGUCUAAAAAUUACUUACACGUCACCUAGCAACAGCCACAAGGCCGAGUGAUGUCGCUGCCAAUGAAAAGUGAAACAGCCGAACUUCAAGCGUGCGGCUGCUCUUGUUCUCAGUGUGAACUGACUGUUGUUGUAAAUACAUCUUUUCCUCCUCAGGUUCAGAUGCUCUGUGGUGAACUCUCAUGUUGCUGUAGCACAUUUUGUUUCCUCGUGGACAAGUGUCGAUAUCUGAAUGUCUCAGAUUUGUGUUGUUAGUUUGACUUUGACUCGAGCGGGAGUAGAAAUCACUUUUUUUUUAACCUGUACUUUGCAAAGUUUGACUGAAAACAAACUGAAUGUAUUCUUUAUUUUCCUUGAGGCAUACUGUGCACAAAGUUUUAUUACUCUCAGUCUUUAAAUAGUUUGCAACAGGUUUUUGUGCAAAACUGAAAUAGUCUCCUAGACAACCAGAGGAAUCACCUUAUUUGACAUGCAAAGCCAUAUCUACAUAAACUAAACUGAAAAAUUAAAUAUGCCACGACUGCUAAAGAAAGUAGAAUGCUUUUUGAAGUUUUCACAAAACGAAAAACUAUCUGCUGCACAUUAAAAACAACCUGGUCUCACUCUGAAGUUGUCGAAACCUGGCACUUGGGCAGUGACUUGGUGUCAGACACUGACAAAAAAAGCCGUCCCUUAAUGUCAGCAUAAUACAUGCUUUUAUUUUGAAGGAGACUGUAUGUAAACGGUAAAUUUCCUGUGAAAACAGAAGUGUAUUUUGAAAGAACACAAUGCAUGUAACAGGCUGACGUUGACACACAGGGUACCUUGCAUGUCGUAUCUGGACGUGGAAAGUCCAUGACCAAACGUCGAUAUGUGACGAGGUCGGAGUGAGAAUGUGUUGUGAAGAAAAAAAUGAUCCGGAGCACAUACAAAAUAUUUUGCUGCUCAUGAAAUACACUCUAGUGCUCAUCUGAAACUCACUGCUGCACCUCUGUGGCCCUGACCAGAAACAUGGACAAAAAACAUUUUGCUCAUGUCCCCGACUUUUUGUGUUACCAUUCCUGCAUUGGUAGUUUCCUGUGUGAGCCAAAAAGUAGUUUGACAAACUGUUUCUCUGCACAGGAUCCACUCAGGAGUUCUGAACCAGCGCCCUCAUUAAUGUAAAGAGCAAAUGUCAGAUAAUGUUCUCCAAACAGCCUUCUUAACCACAAACUCCAGAGAAAAUGUGUUUGUGAAUUUGGGCUCUCCAGUUAGAUUUUACAGCUUGAUGUGACGUUCAGAGGCAUCAGGAAAUCUCACAACAGAUCUUAGUAAAAAUGUGAAAGUAAAACGAGUUGUAUGACUCCGUGAAUGUAGAGAGACGAGCAGGAACUACUGAUGUAGCUUCAUGAUGUAGCUUUGUAAAGUCAUCACUUCAUCCACUGUCUUGUUUCUUGUUUCUAACUUUCUUUCCUCUCGUCUUCCUUUUUUACUUUCUUUUCCUACCUUUCCUUUUCUUUCUGUCACUCAAAGACAUCAUCUGGUCUUUUUCAUCAGGUUUACAUAUUGCAGCUAUAUGUAAAGUUUUCAUCCAGUUGAGUCAAGAAAUUCUAACAUAAACCCCAAAGUACCAUUUUAUAACGUGUGUUAUCGGUCUUAUCACGAUAUAAGAUAGAAUUAAGAAAAAAUAAGACAGGUAGCCUCAUGAUACCGUCUACUGACAGUUUAUUUCUCUUUUAUUUUGGUGGCAGGUCGUCUUCACGGUGCUUUGUUCUAAUUUGCUCCUUACAAUAAAACGAUCCAUUGCCCCACUCAUAUUAUUAUCAUCCAUCACACUGGCUGCCAAUCAGGAGCUUUUGAUGUGUCACACGCUUAUAAUGUCCACGUGUGAACACUGACAAAUAGGUUCCCCGUAAAAGUUUUUUUUUUUUAAAUUAAAUUCAAUUUAAUUACAUUACAGUUUGCCUCUUUAUUAGGAAAAGUGUGCACAUAGUAUACUGAUACAGUCAAUGCGGUGCUGAUGCAGGUGAUACACGGUGAGAAAUAGUCAAAAAAAAUAACUCUAAUGUUAACGCACUAUUGGCAGCCGCUCUAACAGCUAGUUUCCAGUGCAAGAAUAUAUCAAUACAAAAUACGUUUCCAAACACACAGAUAAUGUAAAAUAAAAAGUAUAAAAGCAUCUGUGACCUUAUGCGCCGUUUCUCCUCCUCCGUUUCACUCAAAUGAGCAAGGAGCAGGCACCUUUGGCGAUAGAAUUGAUCAUAAACAAACAUAAACCCCGCACAGUCCGCCAUGUUGCUUUGACAGUUUUGCGUGACUUGCCUGGAACGCUAUGAAGUCGUGAGUCGUGCCUUGAAGUGUUGACUUGCGGGCUCAGAAACUUGCCUGGAACGAAGCAUAAGAGCACAACACACUAAUCCAUGUAAAAACAAGAUGGCAGCCAUCUCUGCCAAGUCAGUUUACGAUUAAUGUACAAGCUAAGACGCUGUUAAUUAGGAAGUACUCGUUUGACGACAUCGGGACUUCAUUAUCAUUGGCUGUUUUUAGUUUUUUAUACUUAUCAGGUCCUACUGAUCCCAGUUAGCUAGGAGAAAUAAAAAAAUGCAAACCAAACACAAGUUCCGGUCUCAGGAGGAUAUGUUGGUGUGACUUUACUCAGUUGGAUUGAAGUGUUAUCUGUAAUUGAAAUACAUAAACUAGACAAAAUAGACCAAAUAAUUUCUUUGAAUGUUCAUCCCCUAUACUUUCUUAUUUCUCUGACUCCCUUAGAUUAUAUUUUAUCCCUUUCCUCCUUAGUUAUUUCAUUUUCUCCUUUCUUUCUCCUCAUUGUUCCCAUUGUUUUUAUUUCCUUUAAAACGUUUUCAUGUUUUCUCUUUCUGUCUUUUAGUCUUUCUUUCUUGCUUUAAACCAGUCAGAUAAAAGUUUUGUUUUUAAGAAAUUAGCAACUUGUUACAAUCAAUGUCACAAAAACAAAACAAAUACACAGAAGCAUAAUGCAUUCAGCUGGGGGGAAAGAUCGGCUCUGUUUCUCUGAAUUAAGGAGAUCAACCCAUUUUCUCAUUAAUUUAAAAAGAUUUAUUUUCAUGGUUUUUUUUUUCUUAUAAUUCUGAGAUAAUAUUUUAAUUAAUCCAGAAAAAGUGAGCAGAUUUUUUUUUCUCAGGUAAACGCAUUAUGCUAAUGUACAAAUAUAAAAACAGAAACCUGUAUGAUAAAAAGCUCACUCACACUUUUAUGAAUCAGAUUUGUUUCUGCUGUCAACUCUUGUUUUUCUUUCUGUAUCACAUCAUUAAUAUUUCAGUGCCGUAUAAAGUGUUUUAUUUUUAUUCUCUGGACUUCUCCUGAAUCAUUUGUACUCUCCAAAGAAAAUGUAGCUUCACCGUAGCAUUUAUGUGUAUUUUUACGAGCUGUUGUCGUCUUUCUGUCUGAGAUGAAUAAUGUUAGAUUUUCUAUCUGAAGCCAUAUGCUAAGCUGUGAACUGCAGUGACAUCUAAACUUUAACUUUAUUUUGCUUCUUUACCAUAAAAACAUGUUUAAUUUUACUCUUACAAAUGUGUUUUAGGUAUUUGAUGAGAUUUUAGUUGAUAUUCUGAUUUAUUUCCUCCUUGAGUUAAUUAAACACUGUAAAGUUCAGUAACUGAUUUCUGACAUGGAUGAAAAUGUGUUUUAUUUUACUUUAAUGUAUUAACACCAUUAUAAUUAUUAUUGUUGUUAUUGUUGUUGUUAUGAUGAGUCUUUCUUUUCUGUCACACCUUUGUACUCUGCACUGUGUCGUCUGCAGGUAUUUUGUCGUCCUCCAUCUCCUCUGAACCUCUGCUGUGUACCAUGUGACCCAGGUAGCCGCUUCGUCCAUGUUUUAAUGAUAACGAUAACUAUAGUGCCUGAUAGAGA